AUGGCCCCCUUCUUCCCUAAACGCAUCCUGCUAAUCACGAACAUCGAGUGUGGCGAGCUCGAUGUCUUCGUCGCCACGGCUCAGUCUCUGCUCGAGGCUGAUCCCAACUUGGACCUUCAUCUCGCCACCUUCCAGGGCCUUCCAGAUGAUGCCCUCCCCACUGGCGUGACCUACCAUACCAUCAAGGGUCUCAGUAUGUAUCAAGCCCUCGAGGAACACCUCAACCGUGCCCAACGCGAUGGCGUCGUUACCAAGCCCGCUAGAAACGCUGGUUUCGCCAAGACUCGCAGUGCCAUCCGCGCUUUUGCGUCCCUCAUGAUGCCGUACACUGGACGUCAGAUGGUCGACGUCUUCACUUCGAUUGUUGACAUCAUCAGAAACCUGAAUGCCGACCUGGUUGUCGUUGACAGCCUCAUGUCGGCCGGCUUGACUGCCUGCUACCAUUUGGAAGUCAAAUUCAUUUGCCUUGGCCCCAACUCCAUCAAGGAAUUUGCCGCGGCUGAGCAGCCUCACAAGGCUGGUCUCUGGAAAUUCCCUGCCCUGUUCUCUGGAUUUGACUAUCCGGUGCCCUGGAGCAAGAUUCCCCUCAACAUCCACUUCACCUGGUAUCUCUACAAGGCGAUUAAGAACGACCCUCAGAGAAAGGAGGUGCAGUCGUAUCUGACAGCCCACACCGUUCUCCGCAGCCCCGUCGACCUUGUCAAAAACCGUCCUGAGGGUGUCAAAAUCUUGGUGAGCAGCCUCCCGCAGUUGGAUUUCCCACUCAAGAUCCCUCCCCAUGUGGUCCCCUGUGGUCCCAUCCUCCGUCGCUCUGAGCCUCUUGUGGACACCAAUCCUAAGCUGGCUGAGUGGCUGGCCCAGGGUCGAACCAUCUACAUCAACUUGGGAGCUUUGUUCAAAGUUUCGGAAGGCCAAGCCGUCGAGAUGGCCAAGGCUUUGAAGAUUGUGAUCAAUUCCAUCGAGAAGGACGACGAGAAAGGCCCUAUCCAAGUGCUGUGGAAGCUCAAGAAAAAGGGACGCUACUCAGUGUAUGAGCCAACCUGUAUCCUUUCCCGCAUUCUUCGCCACGAGUUCGCGUUGGAUCGCGUCCGCGUUAUGGACUGGAUUCAAGCCGAGCCCAUUUCCAUCCUCAAUACCGGAAGCGUCGUGUGCUCGGUCCAUCAUGGCGGAGCCAACUCGUUCAACGAAGCUAUUGUUGUUCUUCCAGUUUGGGGUGUGUGCUACGACUACGCUCAACGCGUGGAACGUCUUGGUGUCGGCCUCUGCGGAAACCGAAUCUAUAAGCCUCGCUGGGCUGCCGAAGAGCUCUCGCAUAAGCUGCUCGAGGUCCUUGUCGGCGACAAGUCGGAGGAAAUGAAGCAAAAGGCCAUUGCUGUGAUGAUGGCUUGCAAGUACACCGGCAGCGGUGCUGAUUGCGCCGCUUCGGUGAUUCUGAGCGAGUGUCGGUAA